CUGGCCCUGCUCAGGCUCACUGGGUUUAAUAACUGAUGGGUCUAGAAGGAGGGCUUUUCCUUCUAAAGUUGUUGCUCCAGUCAGUUCAUGAACACUGAGAGUAUUAUUAUUGUAGAUCACAAAGGUGGUGAAAUCCUGUGUAGUGAGCAGGUAUACCAUUAUUUCACUGAAUUUUUAUAUAAACCCACCACCUAUUAAGUAUAUAUUUCUAUUUUAUAGAGUGAGCAUCUGCUCAGAUUCACAAAAUGGCCCGUGGUUAUAGAGAUUACAAAGUGGUAAGUUUGAUUCAGAUAUUCCUAUUUGAUUCCAGUCUGACCAUAACCUUAAUCAUGUUUUGGUUGAUUAAGAUAGUCCUAAAGGAUGUCAUUGUAGAGCUAAAAAGAAGCUACAUUAUAAAAGUAAUAUAGUAAGAUGUAUAUAUGAGAUACUAUGAGAAUAGUCCGUUUUGUGUUUAGUGAUUGCAUGGACAAGAGGAUACAGAAAACAGAGAAGUAACUUCUCUAAGGUCACACAACUCCAGAAGCAAUUGAGCCCAUGUCUAUGGCAUCAAAACCUGUAUGCAAAAAAUAGGGCUUAGCUGGACACAGUGAGGAACACUUGUAAUCCCAGCAACUUGGGAGGUUGAGGCAGGAGGAUUUGCAAGUUCAAAACCAGUCUCAGCAACAGAUCCCAUAUUAAAAUAAAAAGUAAAAAGGGCUGGGGAUAUGACUUGGUGUUUAAGCACCCUGAGAUUCAAUCCUUAGUGCCCCCCGCCCCUGCCAAAAAAAAAAGAGUUUCUUUCUUAAGGAGCUGGAGACUGGAAGGAAGGCAUUUCUAAGUGCCUAGACGAAUUAGACUUCUGUAAUUUAGGCAGAUUUGAUUCAGUGAAUCAUUCCUUACUUGAAAGCCUUUUUUCUUUGUUUUGAUUUGAAAUAUUAUAUUCUGCUUUUCUACUACUUCACUGACUGUACCUUUUCUGUGUCUUGAUCCUCCUCUUCAUGAUACCUAUACAUGGAGGCCAAGUCCUAGGUACUCCCUUUUUCUCCCUACUGGGUGAUCUAAUCCAUUCUUAAGGCUUUAAGUACCAUACCUGAGCUAUUGACUCAUGUGCAUGUCUCCAGUUCUUAUCUGUCCUCAAGUCCACAUGCACUUGCUUGUCUAGCAGUCGUACUUGACAUCUCCUACUUGGCUCAUACUCAUAAAUUUAAUAUGUUCACAACUCUGAGUUUACCCCUAAAACCUGUUUCACUCCCAGUCCUCUUUUUCCAUCAGCACCUGUCUCAUAGUUACUGAGGCCUAAAACUAAGUCAACCAUGAUUCCAGAUGUUCUCCCCACAUCAGUCAGCAAGGCUCAGCUCUGGCUUCAAAGUACAUCCCAAGUUUGACUGUUUCUCAUCACCUCCAUCCUUCCCUUUUGGUCCAGAUCACCAGCAUCUCUAGCUUGGACUAAUUCAGUAGCCUGCUAGCUUAUCUUCCUGCAUUCAUUCCCACCCUCUUCUGUGUCUACAGAGACUUCCAGCAUCAUCUUUUAGCACUAUAAAUCAGAUCACUUACCUACAUUUUAAAACAUGCCAAGAAUUUUCACUACACUUGGAAUAAAAUCCAGACUUCUUGCCAAAGUUCCACAUGAUGUCUCAGAACUCAUCAUGUUCCUUCGAUGCCACCUUGCUUUCUUCUCACAUACCAAGCUGAGCCUUCGUGAGGACCUUUGCCUUUGCUGUUCCAUCUGCUUGGAAUGUGAUCUUUAUAUGGUUUGUGUCUUCUGCUCACUUAGGUCUCUGCUCAGAUAUCACUUCCGUGGUUGCCCUAUCAGAAAUACCCACUCUUCUCAUACCACAAUGCUGACCCUGCUUUGUUUUCUGUAGCACUUACCAUGACCAGAAAUGAUUUAUUUCUCGCCUGUCUUCUAUACUUGAGUUAUAUAUAUGUUCUAGGAGAGAAACUGUGUCUUGUGUAACUGUUGUAUCUCUAGCACCUAAAAUAGUGUCUGGUGUAUAGUAAGAAUUCUCAUAAUGAACUGAUGAGCAGAUGGACAUAUGUAGCUCUGCAUUUAUAUCUUGCAAAGGAUCUAAAUUGGUACAGCUCAUAGAAAUAGAGUGUGAGUUACAAGUGUAAUUUAAGAUUUUUCCAGUAAUUAAAAAAAGCGAAAAGAAACAGGUGAUUAGCUUUAGCAAUAUAUUUUUCUAACCCAGACUCAUUUCAACAAUUAAUACUAAAAAAUAAAAGGCAACUGGAAACUUAUUGCAUGGGGAGGAGGAUCUUUCUCAGCUACCCCUGCUUCCUUUCCCCUCCAAGGAAGCUGUAGCUCAGGAAUGUGUGAUUAUAUUCUUAGAAUAAGGAUAAUUAUGAUAAAAAUUUAAUAAUAAGGAAAAUUACUAAAUUUUACUCCAUGCUAAUCACUUCAUAUAAUCUCAUUUAAUUCUCACAAUUGCAUUUUACAGAUGAAGAAACAUGUUCAGAAAAGCAGUGUAACUUGUUCCAACAUACACAUCUGGUGUUACAGCUGGAAUUGUAAACUUGGUUGAAAGUUAGUUUCAUCUGAACAUCAUGCUACAGUGUCCCUUUAGUGGUUCACACUGGAGAAAUAGAGGGCCAGUUGAAGAUCCAGUGAGAUGAAGAUAAUGUUUUUACAGCAUCUAGCACAGUACUGGCUGCUAGGUAUCCCCUGGGACACUCCAGUUCCUCUACCCCUCUUUCCCUUGCUGGCUGUCUCUUGACCUAAUUCCCCCUCCUCUGUACAUAUUCUGCUGUGGAGCCCUAGGAGCUCUUGGUGCAGUUUAGCCUUCAGGUAGGCUUGCACGUAUGGGGCAGGGGAGCGCUGGGGCCUUACCUUAGGACUGGUGUCUGAAACCUACCAUCCAACUACCAAAUGCAAGACUCCUGGGAGGUUCUUACCUCCUUCCUUUCUAACCUCCCGCACCUGGCUGGGAUUCGCCCGCACACUGACAACUUCCAUUCCUUUCUGUGGCUCUGGUCUUCCUGUUUCAUAUGUAGUAUUACAGAUCCUCCACAGUGGCUGUCAGAAUAACCUGUCUCAAACAACCCGAACCAGAUCAUGUCCCUACUUAAAAACACUGUCUUCAGGAUUGAGUCCGAAUUCCUCAGCUUGCUCUCUGUCUGACAAGUAUUACUGUGCGCCUAAGCCUUCUUUACAGGCACAAAGAGUAGUAGCAAACCAAGCAUAAAAAAAAAGGCCUGCCCACAUGGAGCUGAUAUUCGAGGGGCGGACCCCAGCAUUCCUUUCCAGCUUUAUAUGGUCCAACUAACUUCCAGCCUCUCUCCCACUGCAGCGUUGGCUUUGCACAGAAUAAACGCCCCCUGUAACUAACCCGCAAAGUCCCCCAGACUGGCCUAGAUGGAGAGAACAGUUCCCGCCCCUGACACUCCUCAUGGGCCCUGCUGCCCCACUGAAAGACCUAGGGUGCCCCCGGAAAUUGAGGCCCCCAUUGCCUCUGGCCCGCAGCCCCUCCCCUACCCUUGGGAUUGUGAGCUAAGAGCCAGGAGUAAAAGGCUUGGUCCGCAGUGCUGUGCCCGCCUGGGCUGGUCCCCUCCUCUGCACAGGCAGAGGGGAAGGAGUGCCUAUCCCCAGCCCCAUCGAGGAAUGCCUCAUCCCCAGGUGAACGUUCGCGUGGAGCUGUAGGCCUCAUGUUGGGCACCGGGGACUUCGGUCUGCACUCAGAUUGCAUCCUUUGUAGCAAAGAAGAAAGACAAGGUGGAACUGCUGUCCUGGUUGGGACCUGGUUUGGGCUUUAGGACACCUCAGCUGCAGCCCUAGUCUGUGAGAGAACAACUUUGCCCUGUGGGACGAAGGUGCCUUCUGAAUCCACUGCUCUCUCAAGCCAGCUCUUAGGAUAUGACAAAGGCCAAUUUCCCAGAUGGAGGCCAGGGGGGUGCCAGGAGGGUCAAGGGGACAGGAGGUCAAUGCCCCAGCCAUAACCGGAGGCAGCCCAAGAUAAAUGAAUUUUCCUGGAAGGAUGUUACCAGUGCCUUGUCCCUGGCCAACAUGGUUCUGGGGCUCUUCUCCAUCUUCUGCAGCGUCAGCAGGAAACCUCAGUCUGCCUCCUGGACGCUUCUGAUCAGCUUCCUGCUAGACAUGGCAAUAGGGGCUAUGAACAGACAAUUCAACAUAUUAUGCAAAUCAGGAGCUGAGCUGAAUGACUUUGCUGUCUUCACCACCUUUGGCCUGGCCUCGGCCCUUCUCCUUGGUGCGGAUGGGCCGCUGAAUGGGUUCCUGGCUGUCCUCUAUGUGUUAACCACUUCUUUCCGCCUGUGUUUUUAUUCAUCUGAAGUUUCCUUAUCCUAUAAGGGUCUACCCUGCCCCUAUGCUUCCUGUGUUUUGGCUUCCACCUCCCUUCUGACCAAAGGCAACCCUUUCAUCCUCGGCUGCAUGGCUUCACUUAUGAUGCUAUUCAUGGUAGACCAGAGCUACUACCCAUAUGAUGAAAUUCUGGAGUCAGACAGUUGGAAAAAAGCAGUUUAUGUGGGAGGUGUCUUCAUGGUGUUUUUCUUCCCAUUCUCCCUCACUGCAUUUUACUGUCUGAUGUGGUCACUCUCCUACAUCUUCUUCCCAGAUGCUGUGUGGAGCAGGGCAGCCUGUUUUAGAUUCUAGCACUGAGGAGCUGCAGCUCUACCAACUCCUGCUGGCCUUUGUGGGAUUUGUUCCAGCAUAUCGGGCCAAGCCUGGACUUAUCCUCACUAAAGCUUUUACUUGUG